UCGGAAUAUAAAAAUAGCCGCGUUGAUUCUCACCCUCCCUCGCCCGAAGGCCUGUCCAUCCUCUUUGGACACCCAGAAGGAAGUUCCAAAAGCUCGUACAUUUUCCGUGGAUCCGGAGCGGUGCCGACUCGGACCGAUUUCCAAAACUCACCGAGCCCAAAAUCCCCAACUCACCCGCUACGAAACCAUGGAGAUCGCACAGGCGGCGCCGGCGGCUGUCAACAACGACGGGCCGGCCCUGGACGAUAGUGUUGCAGCAGACGGCCUAAAAGCGUCAUCGUCUUCUUCUUCUUCUUCGUCUUCUUCGUUGCCGGAGAACGAGCCGACGAACGUGUCCAUGUCAUCCUCUUUGUCAUCGUCGCCGGCGGUGAAGUAUGAUGAAGAGGAAGACGAAGGGGACGUGUGCAGGAUCUGUAGGAACCCAGGUGACCCAGAAAACCCGCUUAGGUAUCCGUGUGCCUGUAGCGGUAGCAUUAAGUUUGUGCACCAGGCUUGUCUCCUUCAGUGGCUCAACCACAGCAACGCUCGUCAGUGCGAGGUUUGCAAAUAUGCGUUUUCCUUCUCUCCUGUAUAUGCUGAAGAUGCUCCAGCAAGGCUUCCUGUUCAAGAGUUUGUAGUUGGGAUGGCCAUGAAAGCUUGCCAUGUUCUGCAAUUCUUUUUGCGCCUAAGUUUUGUACUCUCCGUGUGGCUCCUCAUCAUACCUUUCAUUACAUUUUGGAUAUGGCGGUUGGCUUUUGUGAGGAGUCUUGGUGAAGCACAGAGAUUGUUCUUGAGUCAUUUAUCCACUACAGUAAUCCUUACUGAUUGUCUGCAUGGAUUCCUUCUUUCUGCAAGCAUUGUGUUUAUUUUUCUUGGAGCUACUUCUCUGAGGGAUUAUUUUAGACACUUACGAGAACUUGGAGGACAAGAUGCUGAGAGAGAAGAGGAAGGGGAAAGAAAUGGUGCUCGUGCUGCGAGAAGACCUCCAGGACAAGCUAACAGGAAUUUGGCUGGUGAUGCAAAUGUUGAAGAUGCUGGGGGAGCGCAAGGAAUUGCUGGAGCUGGUCAAAUGAUCAGAAGGAAUGAAAACGUUGCUGCUCGAUGGGAGAUGCCACCUCGCUUGGAGGCUCAUGUUGAACAGAUGUUUGAUGGUUUGGAUGAUGCAGAUGGUGCAGAAGAUGUGCCUUUUGAUGAGCUUGUUGGAAUGCAGGGUCCUGUCUUUCAUUUGGUUGAAAAUGCAUUUACUGUUCUGGCUAGCAAUAUGAUAUUCCUUGGUGUCGUCAUCUUUGUGCCAUUUUCAUUAGGUCGUGUUAUACUCUAUUAUGUAUCCUGGCUUUUCUAUACCGCAAGUGGUCCAGUUUUGUCAACUGUGGUGCCACUAACAGAAUCAGCCCUCUCAUUGGCAAAUAUUACAUUGAAAAAUGCAUUAACUGCUGUAAGAAAUUUGUCCUCUGAAAACCAAGAAAGUGGUCUGCUCGAUCAGGUUGCUGAAAUGUUGAAAGUGAACACAAGUGGACCUAAUGAAAUCGCUAACAACAUAAGUUCACCACUUACAGCAGAUCUUUUGAAGGGGGCCACAAUUGGAACGUCACGGCUUUCUGAUGUCACUACUCUUGCCAUUGGAUAUAUGUUCAUUUUCUCUUUAGUUUUCUUCUACCUAGCUGUAGUUGCUUUGAUUCGGUAUACUAGGGGUGAACCUUUGACAAUGGGGAGGUUUUAUGGUAUUGCUUCUAUAGCAGAGACAAUACCAUCUCUCUUCAGGCAAUUCUUCGCAGCAAUGAGGCAUUUGAUGACCAUGAUUAAGGUUGCUUUCCUUCUCGUCAUUGAACUUGGAGUGUUCCCAUUGAUGUGUGGAUGGUGGCUAGAUGUCUGUACCAUAAGGAUGUUUGGGAAGUCAAUGUCUCAAAGGGUUCAGUUUUUCUCAGCUUCUCCCUUGGCAAGCUCCUUGGUGCAUUGGGUUGUAGGAAUUGUUUACAUGCUACAAAUAAGCAUUUUUGUCAGUCUUCUUCGAGGGGUCCUUCGUAAUGGCGUUCUUUAUUUUCUCAGAGAUCCAGCUGAUCCAAACUAUAAUCCAUUCCGUGAUCUUAUUGAUGAUCCUGUGCACAAACAUGCCCGCAGGGUUUUAUUAUCUGUUGCAGUGUAUGGAAGUUUGAUUGUGAUGCUGGUAUUUUUACCGGUCAAACUUGCCAUGCGGAUGGCACCUUCCAUUUUUCCACUUGAUAUAUCGGUCUCUGAUCCAUUCACUGAAAUCCCAGCUGACAUGCUUCUCUUCCAAAUAUGCAUUCCAUUUGCCAUUGAGCAUUUUAAGUUACGGACAACUAUUAAAUCCCUUCUCCGUUAUUGGUUUACAGUUGUUGGCUGGGCACUUGGUUUAACUGAUUUCUUACUGCCCAGACCUGAAGAUAAUGUUGUUCAGGAAAAUGGAAAUGCAGAGCCAGGGAGGCAGGACAGGCUACAGGUAGCACAACUAGGUGGGCAGGAUCAGUCUUUGGUGGCAUUACAAGCUGGUGAUAAUUCAAAUGGAGGCAUUCUUGCAUCUGGGGAUUCAAAUAUGGCUGAGGACUUUGAUGGUGAUGAACAAUCUGAUUCAGACAGAUAUGGCUUCGUAUUUCGCAUCGUCCUAUUGCUGGUCGUGGCUUGGAUGACUCUACUUAUGUUCAACUCUGCUUUGAUCGUUGUUCCAGUAUCACUUGGAAGGGAAAUUUUUAAUGCUAUUCCUUUUCUCCCAAUAACCCAUGGCAUUAAGUGCAAUGAUCUAUAUGCUUUCAUCAUUGGGAGCUAUGUGAUAUGGUCUGCUGUAGCUGGAGCCAGAUAUUCCAUUGAACAUGUUAGAACAAAGAAAGUUGUGGUUCUAUUGAGCCAGAUCUGGAAAUGGUGUGGUAUUGUUCUCAAGAGUUCUGCACUUUUGUCAAUUUGGAUUUUUGUUAUCCCAGUAUUGAUAGGGCUUCUUUUUGAGCUUUUGGUAAUUGUACCAAUGAGGGUGCCUGUGGAUGAAAGCCCAGUUUUCCUGCUAUAUCAGGAUUGGGCAUUGGGCCUCAUUUUCCUCAAGAUCUGGACUAGACUGGUUAUGCUAGAUCACAUGAUGCCUUUGGGGGAUGAAAGUUGGCGAGCUAAAUUUGAAAGGGUGCGCGAAGAUGGUUUCUCAAGGCUGGAAGGUCUUUGGGUGCUGCGUGAGAUUGUGAUCCCAAUUAUUAUGAAGUUGUUGACUGCCCUGUGUGUACCUUAUGUCCUUGCCAGGGGGUUAUUUCCAGUGCUCGGAUACCCACUAGUUGUAAAUUCUGCUGUUUACCGGUUUGCCUGGGUGGGAUGUCUUUCCUUCAGCAUGGUGUGCUUUUGUGCCAAGAGAUUCCAUGUUUGGUUUACCAACCUUCACAACUCCAUACGCGACGACCGCUACCUGGUUGGCCGCAGGCUUCAUAACUAUGGCGAGCACAUUGAGGAGAAGACAAAUGAUGCGGGGAAUUCAUCCGAAAUGCAAGAUAGUGAUUUAAUGACCACUGGCUUAAUUCAACGUGACAGAGAAGCUGAUAUUGGGGUUCGGCUGAGACAUGCUACACGACAUGAUCAUGAUGCUUAAUUAAUUUCCGGGGUAGGAUGUUUUGGUGUCAUUGAGGCGGUUAUGAAGGUUUUGUAUGUAUUACAUCGCAUCAUGGGUGCCCACACCCCCCCCCCCCCCCCCCCCCCCCCAGUUUGUAUUCAUCUCCCUGACGGGGGGCUAUUCAGGGUCUUCUAAGUGCUUUUCUUUUUAAUUCUCAGAAUCACCGUUAAAUGCAUUGUCAAAGUAGUAGUAAAUAGAAGGUAAGCAAAUUAAUUGUUUAUAGAUUAUGCAGUUAUUAUUUGUGUAA